UAUCAUUUUUUCGAAUAACAAAUACACCUGGAGUAAACAAAGAAAGGCUUUUCAAAUGGAUUCCGUGAUCAAAAGGUUUAAGGCGCUAAACCACGUGGAUAACUACAAUGAAAAUGACGCAAGAUUUGCUGGGGUCACGUUGAAGGAAGGGCCGGCAGCUAAAAUAUCCAGUUUGGAUAAACUUUUUGAAGAACUCAAAAUAAAUGAAGGAAGUUCUGCAAAAGAAGACUUCACGGAGCCAAUACAGAAGGAGGGUUACCUUUAUAAGGAUUACUUUAACAAGAGUCCCAUCGAAUUCCCGUGGGAGAAGGCCUAUGAGAAGGGCAGUUCCCUGGGACCCGACUUUUACAUCGACUACGAGAACGUCUUCGAGAAUGUGGCCAACCUUGCCGAAAUAGAAGAUAAACUGGAGUUGCACUUCAGACCCUUCACCUGUGUAAUGGACUUCAACUGCCGUUUCAGUAUGUACGAACUGUGCCUGCUGUUGGCCGAAUCCCGAUUCGAUCCGGGUAGCCAUCCCGCCGUGGUUGUGAAGAUCACCGAUCCCUCUGCCCAGGUGAAGAUCCAUGCGGGCGGAAAGAUUUCCUCCACCGCCUUGAACGCCGAUUCAGCCAGGACUGGUCUUUUCAAGGUGAUCAGGAUUCUGCAGGAUCUCGACUACAAGGUGGUGAUCAAGAACUUCAGCAAGAACAUCGUGAAUGCCUCCUUUAGCAUGCCAUUCAAAAUCGAUGUGGAUCUGAUGAGCCGCCGCCAUGUGAUGGAGGUGACCCAGAACAGGAGCCGGCGACCCUUCGUCACAUACACCACCGAAAAUUUGGGCGUAAGAUUUGCCGUCUUUCCCACAGGAUUCGUUUUGGUCCUUUACUCGACCAGUCACUGCGAGACACGUGAGGCUAUAGCCAACUUCCUGCCGAUCCUGGCCAAACUCAAGAAUGGAUAUCCUACGGCAGAGGAGAAACUGGGACAACUGGUGGGGGAUAUUUCCUACAAGUUGCUUUGGGAAAAGCAAUUGGAGGAUGACAAGGAAGGAAUGUUGCUUUAUUCUUAAAAUAAUAAUAUUACCUUUAAACUUGUGCCUUGACUUUUUAAAACAAAAAGG